AUGUCACGGGAAAGCAAUAGACAAAUAUCCCCUGACCGAUCGUCGCUCGAAGUUUUAUAUCCAGAUCCGGCCGAUCACCCCGUUGAAGAUGCUGAGGUCGAUAUCAUUGCCGUCCAUGGUCUGGGUUCAAAUGUUGACUGGUCAUGGACGUGGAAGGACCCAACCAAAAAAGGACGAUACGUACACUGGCUCAAAGAUCUCGAUAUGCUGCCAGCUCUCCUGCCUAGAGCUAGAAUCCUGGUAUAUAACUACGAGUCGAUAUGGCAUGCCGACGCACCGGAAACACGCUUGCCAAUCUGUGGCGAAUCUCUAAUCCGCUGUGUUCACAACUUCCGCAAGGGGUCUCAACGACCUAUCAUAUUUUUAGGCCAUAGCCUCGGCGGUCUAGUUAUUCUAUAUGGCCUAUUAUUCGCUGAGGGAGAAGAGGAAUUCCAGUAUCUACCCAGACAGACUGUCGGCUUUGUUUCCCUCGGAACCCCCUUUCGGGGCACGCAGAUGAAGUGGGUUGCUAGUGUUAUUGCUUGGCUAAUGGCAAUAGUCUACUCACAUGUGGGUAUUAUCCGGGAUUUAGGGUACGACAACUGUACACUAAGGGAUAAGGUCAAUGACCUCUGCAAACUACGGGACAAAUUACGAUUACCAGCGUAUUGCUUCUUUGAGGAAUUCAAGACGGAUUAUGGUAAGAAAUUUGGGGUCCCAGGAUUGGUGAAAGUAAUGGUCGUAAAAGAGGAAUCCGCCCAUAUCGCUGGAUGGGAGCGAAUUGCACUUCCAGCGGAUCAUCUUCAAAUGAAUAAGUAUUCGGGCCCAAACGAUUCCUCCUUCUUGAGUGUUUCGGCAGUGAUAGUUAAGAUGUAUAAUGAAGCUAAAGAUACAAUCGAAAGUCGGAGAUCGUACAAGCCUCAGUUCACGGUUCCAUUUGGCCGGAACAGUGACUUUAUUGGUCGAGAACAAACACUCCAACUAUUGCUAGAUAAAAUCAACCCAGGGCAAGACCAGGGUGAUUGCCAGCGAGUUGCGCUUGAAGGUCUCGGAGGUGUUGGCAAAAGUCAGUUGGCUCUCGAAGCUGCCUACCGCAUCCAUGACAAAUAUCCAGGUAUAUCUGUCUUCUGGGUACCUGCGAUUAGUGAGGCGGCUUUUGAUAACGCCUACCGAGAGAUUGCACAACGGCUCGGGCUCAAAGAACUCAAUAAUAGUCAAGCAGACAUAAAACUACUCACCAAGGCCGCCUUAGAAAAGGAUAGCGUUGGUAAAUGGCUUUUUAUCCUUGAUAGCGCCGAUGACGUCCAACUCCUCCUCGGUAACGGGAAUGCCAAGGGUCUUGCCGAAUAUCUCCCAUUCAACCGAAAUGGAUCUAUCCUUGUUACAACGCGGACUCGUGAAGUCUCCACUGGGCUUGGUAUAUCGCAAAAGAAUAUAGCUACUAUCCAAGAAAUGAACAUGGAGGAGGCUUUCCAGCUCUUGAAAAAUGAGCUGGUAGAAGACCAAUUACGUGACGACAAGAGCGUGCACAGCCUGCUUGAAUUACUAGCUUGUCUUCCACUAGCUAUCAAGCAAGCAGCUGCCUAUAUGGUGAAGACGGGAAUGACGACAACUAAAUACCUGCACCAUUGUCAUACAAGCAAUAGUACUCUUAUCAAGUUGCUAAGCAAGGAUUUUGAGGAGCGCGGCAGGUACAAAGAUACUUCAAAUCCAAUUGCAACGACUUGGCUUAUCUCAUUCGAGCAUAUCUCCCGGGAUGCUCCAUUAGCAGCAGAAUACUUAAAAAAGUUAUGCUUCUUUGGGGAGAAAGAUAUCCCCCCCACACUGCUAAAUCAGGACCCUGACCUAGAGGACGAUGAGGCUAUAGGUGUACUGAAAGGAUAUGCCUUCAUUACUGAGCGGGAAGGCACCAGUUUCGAUAUGCAUCGACUUGUACGCCUCGCUAUGCGCAAUUGGAUAAGAGAGAAAGGAAACUGGGAAGGGUGGAUUGCCCAAGGCAUAACGGAUCUUAAUUUACGGUUCUCAUAUCUAAAUUACGAUGACAUAGUUACCUGGCGAAAGUAUCUACCGCAUACGCAGACCGCCUUAGAAUUCCAACAAGACGUCCUGAAUAAAGAAGACAUGUGGAUACUCCUCACUAUUAUUUCCAUAGGCUAUAUGAACUUUGGGUACUACGAGACGGUAGAACGGUUAGCUCGACAAUCUCUAAACCUGGCGGAGAAUAUAUUUGGCCACGAACAUUUUUACACACUAUCUUCAAUGGAAAACCUCAUUUUGGCGUUAAGUUCUCGAGGUGAAAGUCUAGAGGCAAUUAGUCUGAGACAGGAAGCAUUGCGACUAUGCGAAAAGCUAUUCGACUCUCGGCACCCAUACAGGCUCAGGGUUAUGUAUUAUUUUGCUAAGGCUUUAUACAACCUGGGAAGAUUCAAUGAGGCGGAAGAGAUGCAUCGACAAGUAUUAGAUAUACGUACAGAAGUGCUAGGAGAAAGUCACCAAGAUACGAUUACCAGUAUGGAAAAACUUGCAUCAACCUUGUUUGAACUAGGGAAAUACAAAAUGGCAGAUGAAUUAUCUUCGCGCGCGUUAAAAAUUUCUGAUGAAACUCGAAGUUCAGGAUCCAUAGAUAUGCAGCAAAAAAGGACCGAUCUCCCCAUGGACCUAAUAAAACAAGGAAAGUCUAGCAUGGCAGAAAGAACUCUUCGACAGAUGCUAGAUGUUAUGGUGUCGGAUCUCGGGGUAAACCACCCGGAUACUCUUUUUAGGAAAGGAAACCUCGCUACAGUACUUAUAGAGCAGGGGAGGUACAAAGAGGCGGAAAUAGUGUCUCGAGAGGCAUUAGGGGCUGCAAGAGAAACAAUGGGAUUGGAAAGUAACCACGCGAUGAUGGCCAUGAAUAAUAUCACCUUAGCACUAAUCAAACAAGAGGAAUAUGAAGAGGCCGAAUCAAUGUUACGACAGGUGUUAGGACUUUUGGAGAGGUUGAGUGGCGAAAAGAACCACAUCGUGAUUAGUACGUUAUAUCUCAUUGCGGCUAUAUUGAGAUAUCAAGGGAAGUACCAAGAGGCCGGAUUGAAAUUUCAACAAGUGUUAGAAUUUCGGAAGAAACUAUUAGGUGAAGAGCACCUUGACACGAUCAAUGUCUUAUUUGAUAUUGGUGUUACAUUACGCGGGCAGGGAAAGGAUAACGAGGCGGAACCAAUAUUGCAACAAGCACUUGAGGCUAGAAGGAAGGUACUGGGCGAUGAACAUCCCAAAACGCUCGAAAGUAGGGAGUUGUUGUCAGAGAUAAAGAAAUAUGAAAGAGAUAGGCCACGUAUUGCGUUUGGCAAAUUAGUAGUUCCUAGGUAA